ACAUGCCGUCUUUGUCAGAUCCAUACACCAUCACGACUCUCCCACGGGUUGCGGACUUGCACUCCUCAGAACGAGCUGUCAUCUGUGAGACAGCCGACCCCCAGGCACACACAUUAGACAUUGGCCUCAGCGGCUCUAUCAUCGGAAGCUACAUCACGCGCCCGUCUCCUAAGCUUGUGUGGUCGUACGCUUUGUCUCCCAACACUGUUGUAAACGCGCUUGCGUCGCAUUCCGCUGGACGCAAGAUAUUUGCGGUCGGUUUGACAGAGAGAAAGAAGCACACGCUCAAGUUCAUCGCCCAGCAAGAGGAGGAUGCCAGCAUGGUCAAUAUCGAAACUGCUAGCCGCGUGGUGGGGAUUCAGUUCUCAGCAGAUGGGAAACUAGCCUACACGGUCUUGGUUAGCGGUGAGGUAAGCGCUUACGACAUGACCGGGACCGCCGUGUGGACUUUGGCCGCGCAGAACCGCGUGGUGUACCACAAGUUCGUUGAAGAUUCGGGCUUAUUAAUCGUUGAGGUGGUCGGUCAAAAGUUGCAAGCACGCUUGGUAGCAUUGGCCAGCGGUGCGGAGGUCAGUUCGCAUGUCAUUGAGGCGAAGUACACCGAGUCUCUCUUCGCAUACAGUGCGGGAAACCUCUUCCGCUACAGUAAACAAACUCUCACCACAUACAGUCUCCCGUCGUACCAACAGACGCAUAUAGUGUCAUUAAAGGGUAAGAUCAGUGCUGAGUUCACAAACGUAGCGUUGCUCGCGCCAGCGCCAAAUCGCGUGCUCAUUUCUGACAAAACGUCUGUCUUCUUGCUCAACAACAAGUUCGACGCGGUGUUAGCGACACUUGCACUCAAGAGCGACGUGCGUUUAAUGAGCUGUUGCGCUGUUGCCGGUGCGUCGCUCAAGACCAGUGCGACCCACGCCAUUGGGACCAUUGCCAAACGCGAUACCGCCUACGUCGUCAUGAUCCCUGUGGAUGUCGGGUUGGGGAAUCUCAGUGAAUCCUUGGGCAAGGGUCUUCAUACUGGUGGUCAGGUCAUUUCUGGCGUUCCUGCGUUGGUGGGCGGCCCUAAGUUUGACCUUGCAAAGAGUGCAAAGGUGCAAGCGACCGAAGCGAAGGAGAUCAUUUCCGAGUUAAAGAAGCUCGACGUCGCAACCUGGGAAGCGGUCGUUCCGUACUUGAAAGGUGCCGUCUGGGCAAAGAGCCAAGCCCCAGAACUUUCCGUGUUUGAGGCCGAGAAGGACCGCAUCGUGGACGCCAACCUCAUCCUCCAGAUCGUAACUAUGAUCUUUGGCCCGGCUUCCAACAUGAAGUUGAGUCGCACUUUCGUUCCGGAAAGCACCAUAAUUUACCUCUUGACCCAUCCGUUGUUCCCUGUGUCCUACACCGCCGGCUUGUUGGGCGCGUUGGCGGCCCAUCCACGCUUGUUGAGACAAGCGCUUGUCACGUGCCCAAACUUGACUUGUGCAGAGAUUACCUCCCAGUUGGCCAACGACAACGACGAGCUUUUUGGCGAUGCUGCAACGCGUUUGCAGGAAGAGUUCUCUCCUGUCCAGAUCACCGCUGCAGCUGUUUCCCUCCCCAACUUGGAGGGAAUUGUGCAGCGCGCGCAAACGCUCAAUGCGUGGGGCAUCAUGCCGUCGCUCAUCGAUGCUGGUGGGCUUUUCGGCUGGUCAACCGAAUUGAUUGACAGUUUGUUAGCGGAUGUCGACGCUCAGGUCAGAUCCUUGGCAGAGAGCUCACAGAACUUGACCUUGGUCAACCAGGCAUUGGUGCUCACCACGCCAGUCAAGAAGAAGAAGAAGGGUACCAACGGCAGUUUGGUCAACGUUGCUGAGGAAAGACAGCAAGAGCAGUUGGAGUCAAUCUUGACGUUGAACGACACCACCAGGCUUGUAGGCGAUACCCGCAGGGUUCCGUUGUACUCCGUGGAGAAGUUGUCGCUUUAGAGAGAGGCAUGUAUUAUAUCAAAAUUUCAUUAUAAGUAGUGUAGUGCGGUGGGUCGGCUUGACAUAGUGACUGGUAUAAUUAACAAGUCAACUGUAAUAAGAAUUACACACGAGCAUAAGUGAAAAAGCGUAUAAUUAGUGAAUUCGAA